CCAAAAUGCAUUUUUUGGUGUUUCUUGUCCACACCCACGUGCGACGAGCGACGAGCGACAAGAGCACUCACAGCAGCCACACCAGCAGCCACACCAGCAGCCACACCAGCACAACACCGCAGCGAUGAACGGAGCAGGAGGAGGAGCAAAGACGGCGCGCGGGCGCAGGGUGCUCAAGGAGCGCGAGCCCAAGGUGCACGAGGAUCCAAAGUCCAUCAUCUACCUUCACGGCACAAAGUGCUCUCAAGUCGUCAAAGAAGUCUUCAAGGACAUGCAUGAUCUCACACGUGGCCAGUCCAGAAUAUACUCACGGAAACAUGACCUUCGCCCCAUGGAUGAUCAUACAUACCUGGAAGGGCUGUCGAGGAAGCAGGACGCCUCCCUCUUCCUUGUUGGUACCUCCAACAAGAAGCGACCCAACUGCAUCACAUUCGCACGCAUGUUCAACCACAACUUGCUUGACAUGGCGGAGGUGCAAGUGCUCAACUUCAAGCCGAGCCACAAGUUCAAGAACGCGGAGAAGCCCGCAGCCAUGUCCAAGCCCGCCAUCAUCUUUGAGGGCCACAGCUGGGACCACGAGGCCGACUUCAAGCAGCUCAAGAGCAUCCUUGCCGAUGUGUUCCGUGGACCCGUCGUUUCGCGCGUGAAUCUUGCUGGUCUCGAUCGCGCCAUCGUCUUCUCUGCAGACGAGGCCAGGUUCUCCAUGCACCAGUACCGGGUCAAGCUCAAGACGGGCGCAUCACAGCUGCCACUCGUCGAGCUGGACGAGUGCGGACCCGCCGUGGAUUUCAAGAUGGGCCGGCUGGUACAUCCGUCGCAGGAGCUGAUGAAGCAGGCAAUGUGGCAACCGAAGCAGCUCAUCAAGAAGGCGCCAAAGAACAUCGAGUACUCCGCGCUCGGCGAGAAGCUUGGCCGCGUCCAUAUGCACAAGCAGGACAUGGGGUCGUUGCAGCUGCGGAAGGUGAAGGCGCUCAAGCGGAGUGCAAAGGAGCGCGCAGAAGCGAAGAAGAACAAACCCGUCGACCCAACAGCAGGCGGACGCAAGAAGCCAAAGCAGACGGCAAAGGCAAAGAAUGCAAAGAGGGCAAAGAGGGCGCCCAAGUGAUAUCACACUCUCUUUGGUGUGUGUGUGGGUGUGUGGGUGUGUGUGUGUGUGUGUGCCUGCAAGAAGCAAGCAUGUUCUUGUGCUUUUGCACUGUGGACGCUUUUUGUCUGUUUGAGUGUGUGUGUGUUUGGGGGGGGUAAAGGGUGUGCAUGUGUGCUGGCGUGUUGUUCAAGGACAGGUGGUGAUGUGCCGUGUGUGCUGAUGCGUGGUGUGGUUUGGUGUAUUUUGACACAACAAGUUACAGUACAUACGUCAAGAUGCA